AUGGCGCUACGCUCUACACUCCUGCGCAACUUUUUCAAUGGAACCCAGACUCGUCAAUUGCACGAGUUGCAGCAGAAGGAUCGACCAGGAGUGGCAAUACUAAAGGAGAUCCUCGAGGAUCGCUUACGAGAGAUCAAAAAAGCCAAAACCUGGAAACAUGAGAGAGUACUCACUUCACCGCAGGAUGUCAAGGUUAAAAUCAAGGGUUCCGAAAAAGAGUUCCUCAACUUCUGCGCCAAUAACUAUUUAGGUCUUUCGAAUCACCCUGAAGUUGUCGAGGCUGCAAGGGAAUCUUUGAAAAAAUAUGGAGCUGGCCUCAGUUCUGUGAGAUUUAUUUGUGGAACCCAAAUUUUACAUAAGGCAUUGGAAGACCGUUUAUCUCAGUUCCACGGUCGUGAAGAUACUAUUCUAUAUGGUUCGUGCUUUGACGCCAAUGCGGGUCUAUUCGAAGCUAUUCUGACACCGGAAGACGCCGUCUAUUCCGACGCACUAAAUCACGCUUCAAUCAUAGACGGCGUUAGACUGUGUAAAGCAAAGAAAUUCCGCUAUCCGCACAGGGAUAUGAAUGAACUUGAACACAUGCUGGCACACAGUGAGGCUCGAGUGAAGCUCAUUGUGACAGACGGCGUGUUCUCCAUGGACGGCAACGUAGCGCCACUGAAGGAAUUGAGGGAAUUAGCUGAUAGAUACCGCGCUAUCUUGGUAGUAGACGACAGUCAUGCAACUGGGUUCUUUGGAGAGACUGGCAGAGGGACGGAAGAAUAUUGCGGCAUGUUGGGUCAAGUGGAUAUCAUCUGCUCGACGCUCGGCAAGGCUGUGAGCGGGUCGUCCGGUGGGUACACCACCGGGCCCAAGGACCUGGUGACACUGCUGAGGAACGUUUCCAGGCCCUAUCUGUUUUCUAACGCACCUUCUCCUCCCACCGUAGCUGCUUCUUUAAAGUCCUUAGAACUGAUACAACACAGCGGGGAGCUCCGACAGCGUCUUCAAGAAAACACGAGGGCAUUCCGUGGAGGAAUGAAAGCUGCAGGACUAUCGGUGGCCGGAGAUGAUCAUCCAAUCGCUCCUGUCAUGGUGGGUGAGGCGCCGUUAGCUGUGGAACUUGCACGUGGAAUGCUUGAGCGCGGCAUAUAUGUGGUAGCGUUCAGUUACCCGGUCGUGCCGAAGGGAGGCGCGCGCGUGCGCGUGCAGCUCAGCGCUGCGCACGAGCCGCUGCACGUACAGCGCGCCGUCGAGGCCUUCGCUGACGUUAGCCGCAAAAUCGGCAUUGUAAAGACAUAG